AUGUCACUCUCUCGUGAGGAGCUCAAGGGGAUUGCUAUUGCAGGUCGAGUCUCCUCGGUUUUCUCCAUUCUAGGUUCAUUCACAAUAAUCGGCGCCUUUUAUUUUUCACAGCACUUCCGCAGUCCUAUUCAUCGCAUAAUAUUUUUUAAUGCCUUCUAUAACCUGUUCGACUCUGUGGCUACGGUAAUAUCUACUAGUGGACCUACAGCUGGAGAUACUUCAUCGCUAUGUCAAUUCCAAGGCUUUGCUCUUCAAAUGUUUCCAGUAGCUGAUGUGUUUUGGACAUUUGCAAUGGCCUUGGAUACAUACUUGGUUGUCUUCUAUCAUUUUGAUACUCAAUCUUUGCGCAGACUCGAAAUCAAAUAUAUUUUGAUUAUCACUACUUUGUCAUUUACCCCGGCCUUUGUCUUCCUCUUCGUCCAUGGUCAUGAAAAAGGUCCUAUAUACGGUGAUGAAGCCAUAUGGUGCUCAGUAUCCCGUAAAUGGAUGAUCCUCCGUAUAAUCUUCUACUAUGCACCAGUAUGGAUGGUAAUAUUCAUCGUCCUAAUACUAUAUUGUCUCAUCGGUAUCGAGUUAAGCAGAAUCCGUGACGAGUUCGAAUUGAGCGAUGACGAUCAUAUCGCUCUAACCUCUGGCAAUUCUGCCAGCAGCGUCACGCCAGCUGCGGAAUCAAAUUCUAAGAGAAAACCUAGUCUCAACCCGGAAUCUACUAUAACAAGCGAUACAACAGAACAAAAUACGUUAAGCCGUUUGCCUGCACCCAGGGAAGACCCGACAACUCGUCAAAAUCCGAACCAGAGACGUGUGUCGCUGAGGAAAUAUGUGACCAUGCCAUCGCUUUUCUUCCUUGCAAUGUUAGCAACAUGGAUUGCACCUACCAUCAACCGUAUCGCGGAAUUUAUGCAUCAUAAGCAUGGGAAAUACUCACUUCUCCUCUCUGUGAGUACGUUGGGGUCCCUGCGUGGGUUUUGGAAUGGUGUUAUCUUCAUAACUAUCGGUAUGAAAGGGUGGAAGAGACGUUUCAGGGAGGAAGAUGGCUCUUAG